GCGAACUACAUUCGGGGUUGUACACCCUGUGCGCAGGCCGUCCGCAAACAAUAGACGCGUGCGUGUGUGAAACAGUCUGUGGACGAUAAUUUGAUUAAGUAAAAAUGUAUCGACUGAAGUGAUGGAAAAAAGGAAGACGUGGGUGGAUCGGAUCGAGAUUAAAUACCGAUAAACACGGAUGAAUGAUCGAUGAAGGAAAGGAAUUGAGCGAAGCGAAAAUCACAUCUGGAAGCGUAAUAUGGCUGGGAUUGGCGUCGUUUGACUCGUAAACAGUGAUUUGUCUGUCUUUUAUCUUAUCGAAAAAUUGACUCGAGGAACGAAAGAGGAGUGGAAUAGGAAAAUACAUCGAUCGGUGUCGAUCCUUGUUUCUUCGGAUUGUUUGCUCGAGGAAAGAUCGGAGGGAUGGCAGGUUACGCGGUUGUGCGGAAAAAAUUCUGCUGAUCCUCGCUGCAUUCGGGGGGAUCCUGCGCCGUGCAUGACCGGCGGCGGAAAGAAAUUUGUCGAAACCGACUUCGUUCAUCCUUGCCACCCCUGGAAUAGGAGAAAAAAGUUACGAUUAAAUUAUAAGGGGAUAAGAGUCGUGGCUGAGAGAUGAGAUCCUACGACGGUGAGAGCAGCUCUACGGAGGACGAUGAUAGAAGAGAGGGCCUUCCAGAGGCGCACUUGCAGCAAGGAUCCUGGCAACGUUCGGCUUCCCACCCUACGUGGGCUUGGGAACAUCGUACCGCUCAUCCAUUACCACCGCAAUCAACCGCAUCGCUCGAAUCCAUGUACUCGUUACCAGGGGCGUCUCACGCCAGCGUUUCCGCUCCUCCAGCUGGCUACUCGUCCGAGCACCCUCAGAGCGCACCUGGAAGAAGAACUCCCUUGGGUGCCGUCGGCCUCGGCGGUUUCUAUUUUCAGCAACAGCCCCAACCGCACGCUUCGUCGAGUGCCCUUUCCGAUGAAAACAGGCCGGACCAGGAGAGACCCGGAGCGUCGAGACUGAACUGCCCGCCAAAAUCGAAGACCACGCGUCAAGGGAAAAGCAUGCGGCUAAACAUAAACGCAAGAGAGCGUAGAAGGAUGCACGACUUAAACGAUGCCCUCGACGAACUUCGAUCCGUUAUCCCUUACGCCCAUAGUCCGUCCGUAAGAAAAUUGUCCAAGAUUGCCACUCUCCUCCUGGCAAAAAAUUAUAUUCUCAUGCAAGGGAACGCUUUGGAAGAACUGAAAAGAGUGAUAGCGGUUUUGCAGUCGCCUCACGCUCACACCACAGCUUUGCCACCCACGCCCGUUUCUUACGAUUUGCUGCACGGAUUCCCAGGCAAGUUGUUCCAAGGUGUGCCGGAUAUGCAAGGACUUCCCACGACAGAUCCUCAAAGCGUGACGGCAGGCGGUCCUCCGACCGAUGGCACUGUGGCCAGUGGAGAAUCGAAUUAGAGAUUCGAGUCUUUGUUUCCUUGACUGUAGAUGUAAGAUUAAAAUUCGAGAGUCGAAUGUGUUGAACUGGAUGGAGUGUUGUUGGAAAGAGGAUAUUGGAAGGAUUUCUUAUUAUACAAUUUACAAGAUAAAGGAGGGGGACAGUAGAUGGUACUACUUUUAGUGUUAAUAACGAUUUUUAUGAAUAUAUAUAUAUUGCGAGAAUAAUUAAACGCGAUUAAUCCUCCAGAAUGGAAUCUAACGAUAAUUUUAACAUUAAGAUUACAAUAUGAAGAUAGCGUGUAAGUUUCGAAUGCGAGAUUAAUUGUUGAUACGAUGAAAGUAUUAGAAGUAUUCAAGGGCGUAUUCGACAUACAUUGUUACGAGUUCGAUAAACAUUGAGUCAAUACUAGUACGUAUGGUUGAUACUCUUAAGAUUGAAAGUUUAUGAAAGUACUAGCAAUUAACGAUUAAUUACUUACGAUCUACGAUAACUAAGAAGAGCAAUAAAUAACAGCAUAUUUCUGUCUCUGGUGAAUGUAUAUCAACUUCUAAUGAGAAAAAAGAAUAAUAUUCUAGAAUGAAUUUUAUUUUGUUUUUUGCUUUUAAAUAUCAAAUAUCAAAUAUUAACUGCCAGAGAGAGAAAUGAUGUAAGGAUGAGGAAUAAAAUUUCCAAAUCCCGUCCGGCAACGCGAUAGUCAAUAUAGCAUGUGAUACAUGUCGAGAUAUUAUAUAUAUAUAUAUAUUAUAUUCUAGUCAUACACGCGUACAGAUCUUAAAUAUUCAUAUACAUAUUAUAUAUAGAUAUAUAUAUAUAUUUAAUAAUUCGAAUUGAGCCAUCGAUUGUAUAACUUAUUUAUAUACAUAAUGCGUUUAUCAAGAGUUUACUACGAUGUGCCAAGGAUAUAUCCAUUUUUUUUUGCGAGAAUAAUCGAAUUGCAUGGACCUAGACGAAAGACGAAAGUAUUCCUGUUUAAAAAUGAUUUUUCAAUUUAAUGAAUCUUGAAUUUGGAAUCUUCCGCUCUCUGAUAGGUCUACACGAGACAUUUUAAAAAAACCUAAAGACGCUAUUAAAGGCGACAAACAAUAACGAUUAUUAUUAUAUUAUUCGUAUAAAAUUCCUAAUGACUAUGGUCAUUAAAUAACAAUAAAAGUAUGCGAAGGCUAAUAAUGAAAACAGACGAAGAUAUUUGUUGUAGAGUGUAGAUUUCACUGUUUAGUGCUCGAAUAAAAUCUAUUUAAGAAAGU